UUUACGAAAUGCCGCAACCGUGAUGCAAAGCAAAACGCGGAUCGCGGUCGCGGCGUUCGGUAAAGGUUACAUUGUUAAGGAAAUACAGUUUUAAGAUCGCUUUUCUCACGCUUUAUUUGUUUAUUUCAUCGCCUGAUUAACAAUACUAUGGUACAGUAAACAGAAAUGCUAAGUUACUAUAAGAUGUGCGAUAAAAGUUGGCUUUUUAGCCAAAAAAAAUGUGAUCUCUGAAAAACAUCGAAUGUUGUUUUUUAGUUUAUUGGCUUGAAUAACUGUUUUUCCUCAGAACUAAAAAAUGUCUUUAAAGAAAGAAUCUCCAUUCGAUAUCCAACUUCACUUGGCUGCUUUGAAUGGGAAUCUACCUUUAAUGACAAGAAUACUGGACAGCGGUCGUGUUUAUGUUGACUCUAAAGAUAAAGAAGGUACCACACCUUUAAUUUUGGCGGCUGCUAAUGGACAUUUCGAAUGCGUUAAAGAACUGAUAGAUCAAGGGGCUGACCCUUCAGCGAAGAGAAAUACUGGUACUACUGCUCUAUUUUUUGCAGCCCAAGGAGGAUAUUUGGAUACAGUACGUUUUCUUAUUGACAAUGGAGCUUCUGUAGAUAGUCCAAGUUGUGAUGGAGGCAGACCACUAUUUGUAACUUGCCAGGGCGGACAUAUAGGAGUAGUAAAAGAAUUAGUUAAUAGAGGUGCCAAUGUGAAUGCACAAAUGAAGGACAAAGCCACGCCUUUAUUUAUAGCAGCUCAAAAUGGACAUUACAACGUAGUGGUUUACCUGCUGGCACAUGGAGCAGAACCUGAAAUACGUCGCACAGACGGUGCUACACCGUUAUGGAUUGCAGCUCAAAUGGGGCACGAUCAUAUUGUUGCUUUGCUUUUGAAAGCCGGAGCUUUUGUUGAUUCUGCGAGACAUGAUGGCGCUACAGCCCUAUUCAAAGCAGCUCAUAAAGGACACAUUGCUACUAUUUCGGAAUUGUUAAGAUAUCGACCUAGCUUGGGAAUUCUACCUAAUGGUGAAAGUGCUCUACAUGCAGCCGCUUUCUCAGGAAAUCUCUCUGUAUGUAAGCAGCUUAUCCGCGCAGGCGCAAGGCCUAACCUUAAAAACCAGGAUGGAUUUAGUCCAAUAGAUAUAGCCCAACAACAAGGACAUAAUAUUGUUUAUGAAUAUUUAUCUGAAAAAGUGAAGAGCAGCUAGCCAAAUUAAUAAAGGGGAGAUGUAUAGUGAUGGCCCUUUUGCUGUUAAAAGAAUCCAUUAUAAGAGAAGGUAUUUUGAAAAAAGUUAAUAUUUUAAUAUAGAGAAUGCAAUGUUUCCAAAAGGAUGUCUGAAAAUUUUAUGAUUUACUUUGGAGAAGUUAAAAAACUGCAAUUAUAAAUUUAAUAAAAAUUAAAUUUUAAUUUUCGAUUUGCAGUUGCCCUGUGGAACAUUUUAAUACGCUGUACGAAAACUGUAGACUCUAGUUAAAACAGCCGAAUAAAAUUUAUCUGCGGGGCCGAAAUUUGAUUUCGCUGUCGGACGAUUUUUUGGUUCAUUUAAACUUUUAAUAAUUUAAAAAUCCCUAAAAUUUAGUGUGCUGCGUUAAAUGAAUGCAUGCAACAUAGGAGAACAUAGGGACUGGAUAAAGGUGGGAAAUUUUUAACGCCUUGGAAAAUGUUUCCAGGGUUUUCGGAAUAAAAUAAUUGACAUUCCCAAAUCUGUUGUUUUUCUUGAAUACGCAAAGAAAAACAACAGAAAAACUUUGCAACAUGCGGAUCAUAAGAGCCAAAUAAGGCUGAUGUCGACUCUAGAGAGAAACACAACAUCAACAAUCUGUACCAGGUGGCAGAUAGGAUCAAAAUGGCAGCAGAAUCAAAGGUCUAAUACCUAAAUUCCUUGAUAUAAACGUAUCUUUGGAUAUGAGGCAUUGCAUACAUGACUGCUUAACUUAGGCAGUUAAGCUAAAAUAAGCCUUAUGUUAAAGAGGGAACGAUAAUGUUUCAACUAUCUUCUAAUUCCUCACUUGCGCCGGCCGCUGAGGGUGCAAAUGUAUUUUUGCGCCUUGAACACCGUACGUGACACGACUUAUCGUCUAAAACGUUAACAAUGUCAAUUAUCAUUGUCUUCUCGUCUGCAACGCAAGAAAUUGUAAAAUGAAAUACAGGGUGAGUAUAAACAGUCCACCCUGAAAAUCUUCAAAAAUAAAUUGUUUAAAGCCUAAAACGGUCGAACACGUCAAAUUUAAUAUUAAGGUUGCAUUUAUUGACAGAAAUUGCGUUUCUCUGACGUCAUCCCUUCGCCUCUUUUUCAAUUUUUUAAAUGAAUGUAGGAGUCGAGUGAUACCUUGAGGGUACUUUUAUUCUCUACAUAGCCCUUUUUUUAUUUUUGUAUUUUAUCAUUUCGUUCUCAAGAAAUAUAAAUAAAUGUGAGUAGAAAAAUAAACCUUAUUUUAAAUGAAAAAAAAUCUAAUUUAAUAUAUGUUUUAUUAAAUGUUAAAAAUGAUCUCCUUUGACCUCCUACAAAAAUACCGACGUAUGCGCAUAUUAUCGAACAUUUUGGGCGUUAUUAACUGACAUUCGUUAACAAUUCUAUUUCGAAGAUCUUCAAGGCAGUCAGGCAUUGUGGCAAACACUUUGGUUUUUAGAUGACCCCAUAAAAACAAUUCAUCCUAGAUCGAGAGCUCUAGCAGGUCAUUUUACGGUACCUUUCCAGCCAAUACAUCAUUCAGGAAAUACGUCGUUUAAAAAAUGACGAACGGCAGUAGCAUAAUGUGGUGGUACGCCAGCUUGUUGAAACAUCAGUUCAUUUUCUAGAAGGUUAUUAGUUUGUUCAAGUAUCUCAGGUACUCUGGGAGUUAUGGCGUCCUGCAGAAGUGCCAAGUAAUUUUCAGCAUUAACAUUUGUAUUAAUGAAAAAAGGUCCAACAAUAUGAUCUCCAAGGAUACCAGCCCAUAGAUUAAGUUUUUGAGGUCACUGCAUGUGUGUUUUUCGAAAUAAAUGAGGAUUAGUGUCGCGACAGUUGUGCCUAUUGACUUUACCACGUUUAUAAAAGGACCAUUCGUUCGAGAAACAGAUAUUGCACAGCAAAUUUCUCUCACGAUUUAACUUAUCACUAAAGUACUCACAAAACUGUACACGACGAUCAAAAACAUUUUCAUUUACCUCAUGUACUAGUUUUAUUUUGUAGGCAUGAUAUUUGUGUAAUUAUGAAAUUUUGUUAACGGUAUUUUUAGACACGCCAGAUGCGGCAGCAAUUUUUCGAGCAGAUGUGUUAGGUUCCAUCUCAACACAACCUAACACUACAAUUUCUUCCACUUCAUUUAACACUGGAUGGCGAACUCAAUUUUUUCUGUUUUGCACUGACCCUAUUUCUUGAAACUGUCUUAUCAAAUUCAUUACAUAAGGAUGGAAAGGAUGGAAUGGAAGAAGGAUUACAUAAGAGCCUAGAAGAAUUAAGUAUCACAGAGGAUCAUAGGAAAUCCGUACAGAACCCUAGUUAAGCUAUCAUGAGAAAAGAAAAUUUCUCUUUAUCUCUAAGUCCUAUUCCUAACAAGAAUUAUAUUGCUAACAUUAACGUCCCCCUCGGCAGCUAAUUUUUAUUCGACUAGACAAAUCUAUAGUUUUUUUAACGCUAAUUUGAAUCUCUUUCUCUUUUAGGAAAAGAAUGUAAGAUUGAUGAUAAUAACUAAUUUUUUUGAAUUACUCUUUGAGCAACUUUCGAAAAUGGAAUAAACCCUUAUUUAUUAUUUAAAUAUGUGAAGUAAAUUAGGAUAUUAACAACUUAUACAGCAUAAGGAGAUGUUAUUCGUCACAAUAUUAUGUGUAUUUGUUAUUUAAUAAUAAUAAUAAUAUCAGUAUUAAAAUAAAACACAAGUCUUCCAGUUUUUCGCUGGAUUAGGGGCUUCCAUAUUUAUUUUAUGGUUGUCUCAUAUUUUAUGCUAAACAAUUUUAUAUACCGGCCAUGCAAAUUUCUUUUUUGGGUGUCAAGAAAAUAAUGCUUUAACAUGCAACAUAAAUUCAUAGGUAAGGCGUUAAGAAAAAGAGAGAACAACAUUGUAUUCUUUACCGCUGAGAAGGGAAAUGUAAUACUUGUCGCAGGUAUCGUAAACUCUACAUUCUAUCUGUGUUGCACUAUAGCGAAAAGAUAUCGUUCUCUGUUCAUCUUGCGACUUAGAUUUGUUAUUGUAAGUGAACACAUAAUUUUGGCAUCUAAGAAAUUAGUUGGCCUGGCCGGUAUAGAGAGAAUUAAAUAGCUUUACAUGCCGUGCCUUAAUUUUUUUUUGUAAACCGUUUUAUUCGUAAAAGUUAUAUACAUUUUUGCAUAUCAUUAAUUUUAAUACAAAAAGUACAUUAUUCAUUAGUUUAAGCCAGUAUUUGGAUUUGCAAAAAAUAACAAUAUUACAAUUAACCAUUUGUUAUUUUAUUGAGACAGUUUUAGUAGAUAUUAUACCAGAUAUAUUAGUUGAAUAUGUAAUGUUUUUGUUAAGUGUUAUAUACUUUUAGGAGUGUUUUAAUAAAAUUGUUAAGAACUUAAA